AUGGGCUUGUCGCUUAACUCUGCUCCACCACGAAAUAGCAACAUCAAGCCAAAGAAGCCAUCGGUUCGAAACAUGGUCGAAGCAAAGCGAGUGCGAGCCCCAAUUCACCAACCAAUUUAUCCAAUCCAGUUAUUGCGGCACUCCAAUGGACUAAAGCAUGCGAAAUCACUUUCUGGGUGCUCAUCGUGUAUUUCGGCGAUUUUGGUUCUUUGGGGUGUA